AUGACGAAAGGCUACCGCGAGGGGGAACAAGCGUACAUUUCUUACGGGCUGAAGAGCAACGACGAGUUACUCCAGUUCUACGGCUUCGUGGAGGCAGAUUGUCCGGCGGACACCUUCGUGUUGGACGACGUCGCUAAAAGCCUGGGCGUGCCUGGUGCUAAGGGUGGCGCACCCACGAAAGAAGUCGUCAUCCGAAGAGGAGCCGAGGUUGUGAAUGCGGAGACGCUUGAAGAUCUGCGUGCUUUACUUGGCGCGGAGGAGGGGGCGGGAGGAGGGGAUAGCACCGUGUGGACGGCGCUUCGCACCGUGUGCGAAGCGGAACUGUCCCACGUGCGGCCCGACGCGCAGGGUACGGCCGGCGACGCCGGGAGGACCGUGCGCGAGCGAUUGGCGUUGGCGUUCAGGAGAGAAAAGGCUAGUGUGCUGGACGAGGCCAUUCGAAACUUGGAGAAGCUCGAAGAGGGGGCGUCGUGAUGGAAAUAAGGGGCGCACGGAUGUACCACGUAGCAUGCUCCCCAGACUGCAGGCGGAGAAUAGUGUUCUUCGACGGAGAGACUGCUCACUUUUGGUCUGUAAAUGUUGUCCGCGACAAAUGGUGUAGAGUCUGGACUGUUGUUUUCCGAUCAAGAGACGCAUGCAUACAUGCGUGCGAUACGAAGAAUCACAGGAGAUAUUUACAUACAUGUUCUUUCUGCUGGCUGCAAAAUACUGCUUUUCUCUUGUAUGGAUGUGGGUGAGCUGAGCGUCGACCACUUUGCGUACUUUGCUUUGCUUUGGAGGCGCCGACAGCAUACUACGAAAUUUCCAAAUGU